AUGGACGUCAAACGGAGUCUCGAGGUGACCCAUGGCGCCACCAUGAACGAACCAACACUUGCAGUUGAUAAUUCUCUCUCCGAUGGUGAGAAUCCCACAACGGUCGUUGACAGUGACAAGCCAUACCCAACGGAGGAAGAGUUCGCGACUCUACCCAAAGUUCCCGGCCACAUCCCUUGGACAUCAUGGACUGUUGCUGUCGUUGAAUUUGCCGAGCGUUUUUCGUACUAUGGUACAACUGCUGUUUUCGUCAACUUCAUCCAGCGUCCCCUACCCAUUGGGUCCUCCACAGGUGCGGGCAAGAUCGUCCAAAAAUCAGGUGCUCUCGGAAUGGGACAGCGUGCAUCGACUGGACUCGUUAUGUUCAACAGUUUCUGGUCAUACGUUACACCUUUGGCAGGAGCAUAUGUCGCCGAUCAGUAUCUAGGUCGCUACCUGACAAUUCAGUACUCCAUCGGUUUCGCUCUCAUCGGCCAUUGCAUCUUGAUCAUCUCCGCCAUUCCUCCAAUCAUCGUCAAGCCCAAUGCUGCCAUCGGAGUCUUCGCAAUUGGUCUCGUUAUCAUGGGUCUCGGAACGGGUGGAUUUAAGUCCAACAUCUCGCCUCUUAUUGCAGAACAAUACAAGGAUGAAAGACCCUAUGUCAGGACAAACAAACACGGAAAGAAGGAAAUCGUCGAUCCUGCAGUCACAACCGCUCGGAUCUACAUUUACUUCUACCUCUUGAUCAAUAUUGGAUCCCUCACUGGAUCUUUGGCCAUGGUCUACGCUGAACACUAUGUCGGUUUCUGGCUGUCAUACCUUCUUCCCACCAUUGUCUUCACCAUGUGCCCUAUAAUUCUGUUUGUCUGCAAGAAGUAUUACACUCAUGCUCCACCUACUGGUUCUGUCAUGGGCAAAGCAGCGAAGCUCAUCGGCUUGGCGUUCAAGGGAAAGUGGUCAAUCAACCCUGCAAAGACGCUCAAGAACUUCAAGCAUCCCGACUUCUGGGAGAGAGUCAAGCCAAGCAACAUUGCUCCAGCAGACCGCCCUGCCUGGAUGACAUUUGAUGACGCCUGGGUUGAUGAGGUUCGCAGAGGUCUUCUUGCUUGCAAGGUCUUCCUCUGGUACCCACUCUACUGGCUCGCCUACAACCAAAUGACUGGAAACUUGGUCUCGCAAGCGAACACCAUGGCUCUGAACGGUGUACCGAACGAUGUCAUCAACAACUUGAACCCUAUCUUCAUCAUCAUUGUUAUUCCAAUCAUGGAUUUCAUCAUUUACCCCGGUCUACGGAAAGCAGGAAUCAACUUCACACCAAUCAAAAAGAUCUCAUUUGGUUUCUUCCUGUCCUCUUUGGCCAUGGUCUCUGCAACUGUCACUCAAUACUACAUUUAUAAGCUAUCUCCAUGUGGAAGCAACAUCAACGCACGCCAAAACGAAGGAGAAGACUGCUCUGCCCCAUUCACAGUGUGGAUCCAAGUUUUCCCAUACGGCUUAAUCGGUCUCUCCGAAGUCAUGGCAUCAAUCACCAAACUCGAAUACGCAUACACCAAAGCGCCAAAGAACAUGCGAUCUACCGUCCAAGCCAUCGCACUGUUCACCAGCGCCGUUUCCAGUGCAUUGAGUCAAGCUCUUGUUGGUCUCAGUGAAGAUCCUCUUCUGGUUUGGAACUACGGCAGUGUCGCUGUCGUGGCGCUCUUUGGUGGCAUUGGUUUCUGGUUGACUUUCAGACGCGCGGAUAGAGAUGAGGAUAGGUUGAAUAACUUGAAGGAGAGUAACUGGGAGGCGGCGACAACUGACAGUGAUGUGGAAAGCAGUGCGGAUACAGGAGCUAAGAAUGUUAAUGUUAAGACUGAGGAGAAGACGGCUUUGUAA